AUGAGAUCGUUCCUCCUCUGCUCUGCCAUUGCGGGCCUGGCCAUUGCCCAUGGCUCCCACUCCCAGAAGCCAAUUGUCGAUGCAAACGCCAACUGGAUGACAAAACACAUGGCUGAGGAGCAUCACGCUGACGGCUGGGACGCGGCCUCCUUUUUCUCUCUCCACGACUACGACAGCGACGGCUACUGGAAAGGCGAAGAGCUCCUCCGCACCUACGGCCUCAUGGACGAAUCCAACAGGCACGUCUCCUGGGAGCGCCGCGAUGACAUCUUGCGCCAGCUCCUCGACCUCAUGGACCUGAAUCGUGACGGUGUCGUCAGCCGCGACGAAUGGACAGACUACAUCUCACAAGGCAAGACGCUUCCGGACAUGGGCACAGGUCCCGGCCACCACGGCGACGACGAAUACGAAUAUGAGAUUCACCACUGGGAGAAGUAUCACGACGAGAACUCCAAGCUGGAAGAUUUGAAUCAUCCGGAAGACAUUGAGCACUUCCGGAAACAUGAGCAGAUGGAAGAGGAGGAGGAGAAGCUGGAGAAGAUGGACCAAAUGGCCAUCAUAGAGGAGAAUAUCCCCAAGAAAUUUCUGCGGGUCAAUUAA